AUGGUUUCGAUACUUAAAAAAAUUAUCGUCGCGAUCGUCGUCGUCUCGGCACUUCUUUCGGCGGUAAACGCAGCCCCGGAGGGAAAUGGACGGGUUGAGCCUCCAUGCGUAGGUAUUGAUCUCGGUACCACCUAUUCCGUUGUUGGCGUCUGGCAGAAGGGCGAUGUACACAUCAUCCCCAAUGAAAUGGGUAGCCGAAUCACCCCAUCGGUUGUAGCCUUCGACGACAAUGAGCGUUUGGUUGGCGACGGCGCGAAGAACCAACUCCCACAAAACCCAUACAACACCAUCUACGCCAUCAAGCGUUUGAUCGGCCGCAAAUACAAUGACUUGACGGUGCAAAGGGAUAAGAAGCUUCUAUCCUACGAGGUGGUCGCGGACAAGUCCGGGAACCCCCUCGUACAGGUGACGGUGAAAGGGACCAAGAAGCAGUUCACGCCGGAGGAGAUCAGCGCGAUGAUUCUGCAAAAGAUGAAGGAGAUCUCGGAGACGUACAUCGGCACCAAGGUCGAGAAUGCCGUCGUAACGGUGCCUGCCUACUUUAAUGAUGGCCAGCGGCAAUCCACCAAGGACGCGGGGACGAUCGCUGGGUUGAAUGUGGUGCGCAUCAUCAACGAACCGACGGCGGCCGCCAUCGCGUACGGGUUGAACAAAGUUGGCGAAAAGAAUAUUCUCGUCUUCGAUCUCGGUGGUGGCACGUUUGAUGUUUCGCUGCUCACGAUUGACGAGGGAUUCUUCGAGGUGGUCGCCACCGCCGGUGACACCCACCUCGGUGGGGAGGACUUCGACAACAACCUCAUGAAGUACAUCGUUGAUCUCAUUAAGAAGAAGCACAACAUUGAUGUCAGCAACAAUCAGAAGGCUCUUGCGCGUCUUCGCAAGGCCUGUGAGGCCGCCAAGCGUGAGCUGUCCUCGCACCCGCAGGCGCAUAUUGAGGUGGACAGCCUGGUUGAGGGCUUUGACGUCAGCGAGAAGGUCACCCGCGCGAAGUUCGAGGAGCUGAACAUGCUCUUGUUCAAGAACACCCUCAUCCCCGUCCAGAAGGUCCUCGAGGACUCUAAGCUGAAGAAGAACGAGAUCGACGAGAUCGUCCUCGUCGGCGGCUCCACGCGCAUCCCGAAGGUGCAGCAGCUCAUCAAGGACUUCUUCGGCGGGAAGGAGGCGAAUCGGAAGAUCAACCCCGACGAGGCGGUCGCGUACGGCGCCGCCAUCCAGGCGGCCGUCCUUACCGGCGAGAGCGAACUCGGCGGGAAGGUCGUGCUUGUCGACGUCAUCCCGCUUUCCCUCGGCAUUGAAACCGUUGGCGGCGUCAUGACAAAGCUGAUCGAGCGCAAUACGCAGAUCCCGACGAAGAAGAGCCAGGUCUUCUCGACCUAUUCGGAUAACCAGCCCGGCGUCCUCGUGCAGGUCUUCGAGGGCGAGCGCCAGCUCACCAAGGAUAACCGAUUGCUCGGGAAAUUCGAGCUCUCAGGGAUCCCCCCGGCGCCGCGCGGGGUGCCCCAGAUUGAGGUGAUCUUUGACGUCGAUGAGAAUAGCAUCCUUCAAGUCAGCGCUAUCGACAAGUCUUCCGGCAAGAGGGAGGAGAUCACCAUCACGAACGACAAGGGUCGCCUGACGCCCGAGGAAAUCGAGGCGAUGGUGCAGGAGGCGAAGCGCUUCGAGGAUGAGGACCGCAAGGUCCGCGAGCGCGUGGAGGCGAAGAAUUCCCUCGAAAGCAUCGUCUACUCCCUGCGCAACCAGAUCAACGACAACGAGAAGCUCGGCGGGAAGUUAGACGCGAAGGACAAGAAGACGAUCGAAGACGCCAUUAAGGAGGCGAUGAAGUUCAUCGAUGAACACCCGGAUGUCGAUCCGAAGGAGUACGAAGAGGUUCGUGAGCGUCUGCAGUCGGUCUCCAACCCUAUUAUUCAGAAGAUCUACCAGGCCUCGGGAAAGCCACCUGGAGGUGAUACCGGCGACGUGGAUCCCAUGGAUGACCUUUAA